GUAAAAUUAAAAGUGCUGAGACUUUGAGAGCACCGCACCAAAGAUGAAGUCUUUCCUCGUCUUCAUUCUUUUAUCAGACGUGUGUUUUUCCGGAGGGCAGCAGAGGAUUGAAGAGUACCAACAGAUCCUGCUGAGACUCCCCUUCCCUUCCUUUUAUAACAACCACAACAAGUCCUGCUGCAAGCUGUACCCGGGCGGCUGCUACAAGCUGCUGGACAGCGCCGGAUUCACGUGCGACCUCCUGAGAGGGAGGGUGACGAAAACCGAGAGGGACGGCUGGGUCGAGUUUAAAAUAUCAAACGUUCGGUUUGUUGACGGAGGCUAUUACAGAUGUGCCGUGCUGGGGAUCCAGAGCCACAUCUACAGAGACUUCUAUGUUGAGGUGCUCGAAGUGUCACGCCACCACAGCCAGCCUCAGCCCCCCCUGACAGAAGCCAUCACCGCUCCCUCCAGCUCCUCGGCCCCCACAGACGUCACCGGGCCCGCUCUGGCUCAGGACCACAGUGGAACCGCCGGGGUUUCCUGGAGCUUCGGUCUACCUCUAGUUGUCAUUGUGUCCAUUGCAGUGAUGAUUUCCGUCACUUCUGUGAUCGGUGUUGUUUGCUACAGACUCAGAGCCAAACAUCGGUCGGACCAGUAUGGUGAAAUUCUGUGUGAGUCAGUGAAACGGGAAGCUCCGCCUCAGGAUCUCGGCGGCAUCGUCUACACCACCGUGGACUUCAGGGCUCACGAGAAGCCGGACCAGCUCUAUGCAAACCUGACGAUGCACAGAGGAGCUGCAGGAGCGCCGGGAGCAGAGCAUGAUGGGACAGUGGAGUACUCCACCCUGGCAGUACACCAGUGACGUCUGGUUUAGCAACUCUUUCAUGAUCUGAUGUUCCACAAGAGGAAAUGCAGCUGCAUGAUGACAGAUGUAGCAUCAAUUAUUUUUGUAGUUUAAAUGGUUUAAUGAUGCAAAACGCAGUGAAAUGUACAGAAAACUCUUAAUUCGCUUCUGAUUUUCGUGUUCUGCAUGUAUUAGCAAACCCAUCCUGACAGCAUUGCUUUGAGACUUAGACCCUGUUUACAAGCCAGCUAUUUAAGCUGAAAACUCAAAACUUUUGUUGCAUGUUGGGGUUGAAAAUGACACUUUUUGAAAAAGCUUGAAGGCUGUCUUCACGUAGACAGUGGAAACGCUGCUACUGCACGAAGAUCCGGACAGCAGCAACGCUUGCCUCCAGAGUGUCUCGAGCCCCGGUCCAUGUUCUCCUGAGAUGUUUGUAGUAGUUUUAGGGCUGACAGUCGGUAUUGUUCUCUGCAUCUUUUGUUGUGAUUUCAACACAAAAACAAACUAUGGCACCUACUAGGGGCCAGACAUGAAAGCUGCAUCAUUUUCAACAUUUCUGCCAUCUCCGUGUAGACGGACAUCGUUUUCAAACUGUUGCCCUUGUUCAUGAAAGUUCUCUGAGAGUAAAACUCAAAAAUGUUGUGUUUUCACUUGAAACGUUGUUGUGUAAAUGGGGCCUGACGUUGGUUUGUUAUCGUUCAUGGCACCAAGAGGCUCAGGUCUCAGUGUUAUGUUGUGUCUGCUUCUCUUCAGAAAUUUGUUUGAAAAUCACUGUUUUGUUUGAUAUUCUUACAGUUUUCUUGGUUGUUUGACGUCUGUGAGCUCGACUGAAUAUCUGAGUUGACAGUUUUAUUUUGAUUGACGUAUACCUUCCCCCUCCCUGUUUUUAUGAGAGUGCAAUAUUGAAAUACCUCUAGGAAGAUUUAAAUUGUUCUGACUGUAAAGAUUAUUGAUGGAAACAAUGUUGAUUUUAGAGAAAUGAACUCUGUCACGGUGAAGUUUGGAGACUUCAUUGGUAAUCUCGCUGGCCGUGUUGUCAGAUUGUCUUUUGUCAAACCGAAGUUUCUCCUUAUCGGUUCCAUCUUGACAAGCUGAGCCAUCAUUGUGAGAGCCGCUCAGUAUUCUCCUCGCCGUCUGUUCUUCCUCCACACAAAAAGCUGCAGGAGUUCCAUCUUAUGUCCUUUGUUAAAGGUCGAGUUUCUCUCAGGAGUGAAUGAAUGAAUGAGCCGACUGAUUCUUAUUCCUCUGACAUUUCAGUACGAAGCAAAAAAACUACUUCUUG